CUAUUUUUAGCUUUCAUUCAGCCCGAGAGAGAGAGAGAGAAGGCCCCCUCUCUCUUUCUGUUCCCCUCUGAAGACAACCACCCCUUCUGGAUCUCUCUUUUCUCUCUAGCCGGAGAAACUUCUGGAGGUCUGACCACAGUAUUAAGACUGGGAGAGACCGCCAGGGUGGAGAAAGAUAUCAGACACAAGCUGUAGAGUGAAGAAGGAAUCACACAAACCAUCAGGCCAACAUGGCUCUGCUGUGCUACAACAAAGGCUGUGGACUGAAGUAUGACGCUGACAACAACAAGGAUGAUUCCUGCCUCUUCCAUCCAGGUGUCCCCAUCUUCCACGAUGCUCUGAAGGGUUGGUCCUGCUGUAAGAAGAGGACAACGGACUUCUCCGAGUUUCUCUCCAUUAAGGGUUGCACCCGUGGGCGCCACAGCAACGAGAAGCCCCGGGAGCCUCUGCGGCCGGAGGUGUCAUCAGAUAAGGGCGAGAUUAAACACACCAACGACCACGAGAUAAUCUACCAGGGACCCAAAUCUGCUGAGACACUGCAGAAGGAGAGGCCCAGUUCAGAUGAGGCCAAGACAAAGUUGCCCCACAAAGUAUCUGCGUCGCUGGCUCAGGUGCUGGAGAAACUGGACAUCAGCAAUAGAGCUGAGAAUGAGAAGAAAGAGAGUAAGGCGAUCAUGUUCGGGACCCGAUGCAAGAACGCAGGAUGCAAAACAGUCUAUCAAGGCCCAGAGACAGACAUGGAGGUCUGCACCCACCACCCCGGAGCGCCCGUCUUCCACGAGGGGUAUAAGUACUGGAGCUGCUGCUGCAUAAAGACAAUAGAUUUCAACGCCUUCCUGGACCAGAAGGGCUGCACCACAGGGAAACACCGCUGGGUCCCAAAGCAGGACAAGAAGAAGGUGGCGUGUCGAUACGACUGGCACCAAACAGGAAACAGUGUUGUUGUAACAAUUUAUGCCAAGAAUGCAAACCCAGAAUUUUGCUGCAUCGAAGCCAACCGGACAGUGCUCUCCUGUCAAAUCCAGUUUGAGAAUGAUAAGCUUUUCAAGAGAGAGUUCCGCUUCUGGGGCGUGGUCGAUGUUAAGCAGAGCUUUGUCAAUAUGGUCCCUUCCAAAGUGGAGAUCACCCUCCGCAAGGCAGACCAGGUGGCCUGGGGCAAACUGGAGGACCCCAACUACAAACCUGAGCCAGAGCCCGAGGACACAACUGAAAUCACAAAGUCAUUCCAUCCCGACCAUGACAUUGAUGAUGAUGACAUCAGUGACUCAGACGAGGAGUGGGCCUAUGAUACUGCAGAGAAUAAAAAACAGGAGAAUGUCACUGAUGGGCAGAACAAGAAAGAGGAAGGCUUGCAGAACUUUCAGAGGAAGGAGGUGGAGGAGGAGAUGAAGAAGGCGAUGGAGGAGAGGCAAAGAGCAGAGGAAGAGAGGAAGAAACUAGAGGAGCAAAGAAGGCAGGAGGAAGAGGGAGGAUACGAGGACAUGCCAGAUCUUGAGUAACUACUCUGAAAUAAAAGUUGAAGAUUGGCUCUAAUUUGCAUUAGCAAGGCAGAAAAUACAUAAUUGAUAAAGACAUUUAAUAUUCAAUGUUAAAAAAACCUGUUUCAAAAAUAAUUAGAUUCCAGCUGUUUUGUAACAAAAGAAAUCCAAAUGAAAUAGUAUACUUUGCCAACACUACUUCUGGAUGUUCUUACUGGGAAAUGUAAUUAUUUCUAUCUACGGAUGCAUGGUAUUGGUCGAAAUUGUCUUUAAAACAAACAGAUUUGACCAACAUGCUUUUUCUUAUUUUGCACAAUUAAUAAUAUACAUUGAAAAGCAUUCUAUUUAAUGUCUCCAUCUGCUGGUGGGCCAUCAUAAUAAUAAUAAUAAUAAUAAUGUUAAUACCACUAUAAAAACACUUGAUGAUCACUAAAAUUAGCUGAUGAAAAAAGUGGAUAUAUCAAUAUCCACAUCAGUUAUCAGCAUCACCAAAAUAAUCCAAUAUUCUGCAUCCCUAGUUACAUCUUUGGCUAUCAAACACACUGGAUCCUUCAUGUGUAAUUUCAUUACAAUGCUCUAAAUAGUAAGUGGUCUUAUCUUAAAAUGUUAAAUUAUUCAACUGAAUGUACCCUAAAUGAGAAAUAAAGACUCUUUCUAUGGCAAAA